AACCACUCAGAACAGGUGAAGAGUAUCAGACAGAAAGCACACAAAAAGCUGUGCGGGGAGUGAACAAUUGUCAGUUACGAUGAUUCUUAAGAAUAAAUUUGGGUUGAUAACUGGAGCGUCGCAAGGACUAGGAAAAGCAUUUGCUGAAGCCUUAUUGAAGAAAGAUGCAAAGGUAGUAAUGAUGGAUAUCAACAAAAGUGAAGGUGAGGCCACGAAAGCAGAAUUUGAUAAGAAAUAUGGACCUGGUAGAGCAUCAUUUAUCUCCUGUGAUGUUACGAAUCAGAUCCAAUUGAAAGACACCUUCAAUAAAGUAGUGCAGGAGUUUGGAAGAAUCGAUAUAUUGUGCAACAAUGCUGGGAUCAACAAUGAAAACAUGUGGGAAAAGACAAUUGCUGUCAAUCUGGUGGCUUUGAUACAAGCAAGUUAUCUGGCAGUACAGCACAUGAGGCAUGACCAUGGUGGACAAGGUGGAAACAUUGUGAAUGUGGCUUCUAUGUCAAGUUUCUUACCAGCAGCACAUGCUCCAGUGUACACGGCUUCAAAACAUGGGGUGGUUGGUUUCACCAGAUCACUUGCUGAAGCUUCAAGACUUGGAAACUAUGGGAUAUGCAUAAACGCCCUGUGCCCAUCCUUUGUCAACACUUCUAUUCUUGAUACGAUAAAUCACAAAGAAAAUCUUGGCAACUUUUAUCAAUUCAAGGACAGAGUCAAAAAUCUGAUCAAUGUCAUCGGGGUACUAGAAACAUCAGAGAUAGCCACAGGCUUUCUGCAACUUGUUGAGGAUGGCAAGUUAAAUGGAGUUGUUAUGAAGAUUACACCAUCCAAACGCAUACAUUUUGAGGACUAUCAGAACAAUCCUUGCUUCUAGCAGUGAAUUAAUUCUGACCUACUCUACACAUCGGCAACAGAUUUCUCUGCAAAAUCUCUUACACGGCUUGACAAUUUAUGUCCACCUUCUAAGAACCAGGAGCAGUAAAAAGCAAUAGAUUAAAAUAAACAAGAGGAAACUUAUACAGU